UAGCCUUCGAGGAUGAUCGAUUGCUACCACCGGGGCAACCACAACCUAGAAAAGCAACAAGACAAACUGAGGAGUAUGACAGUUCGGCAACGGAAACCGCCGAUGAAGAAAACGAAUCUUCCCCGGCUAAUCGUCAAAGUCCCAAAGUUGCACAGCAUAAUGCGUUAGUGUCUCAUGCGCACUAUCCUCCUCCGUUGCAUCACAACUCCAACUUCUCGCUGGGACACAAUGCUGCUGCCCAGACAUACCAUUCCCAGCCCAACGGUUCCCGUGCGGUAGUUACUGCGAAUGAUAUAAGUGGCUCGCCUCAGAACGUACGCGAUGUCAUGCUAAAUGUUAUCGAGCGUUCACUGAAGAGCAUUCCAAACGUUCUGGGUGGAAAACCUCUAACCACGGGCCUACGGGAUCUGCAGUUUGGCACCUCAGCUGGUCCGUCAACAUCUUCUUCAUCGUCGACCAGUUCGGCAACAGUCGUGUGCGACUAUCGCGACACCACUAAAACACACGGCGGCUGCACAACGCCGGGGGUUUCAGUUAUAUCGGAAGCAAAUGUAUCUUCGACUCCAUCAUUAUCCCAACCGGUCGUAGCUGGUGGGCCGCAUCAGCAAAUUACGAUGCCGGCAGUGUCAUCCCUAGGGAUUGCAAUUAUACAUUCCCACGGUCAGAUAGGUAAUGAACUGGCUAGUUCGCAGCAAACGCAACAUUCAACGAUCCCAGCACCGCUCGCUGGUGGCGGCAAUCCAACGGUACACAAUCCGUUGAGUCAUCCCUUGGGCGGUCAAAUUCCAGCCACAAUUACUCCAAUUCCUCAUCCGAUUCAUCAAACGUCACUGCCUCCAUCAACACUGAUGAGAUCCAACGAAGAACCACAAACACUGGAUCUGAGUAUCAAGAAAACGUCACGAUCGGAUACUACCGAACGAGUUGCGGUGUCAACUGCAAAGGCUGCCCUAGAAAUCAAUUUUCCUGCACCAUCAGCCCAUAAUCAAAACAGCAGUAACAUUCUUCACUGUUCGAGUUCUGGGGCAAACAGCAAUGGCAACAAUACCAGCAGCAGCAGCAGCAGCAGCAGCAACAACAGCAGCAGCAGCAGCGGUGGGCACAACAUUAUCAGCAGCAGCAGUCUUGGCAGCAAAUUCCUGCUAGGUCCACCUUCAAACUCGGGUGUUGGCGGUGCCGGGUCAGUUACCGUGUACCGAACGGAUAGUUCCUUUGUGGGGCCAAACAUUCCACCAGUACCCGGCUCUGCUGCAGGAGCUGCUGGGGCGGCAGCGUACAUUGGCUAUCAUCCAGUCGUUGUGGGAUCCGCUUCGGACGUUAUGGGGCGACCGUUGACAAAAUCGCCCUCUGGCACAGCGUAUCUGACCAUUCCGUCACCCGGUGGUGGUAGCGUGAUGCCGUUACCAACAUCUGGACGGCAAUCGGCGAUAUCGUCGCUAACUCCACCACCAUCUACGCUCCCGCCGCCCGGUAGCGGUGUAUUGAAAGGGAAAACCACCUCAAAGUUGAGCCCGAAAAUGCCCCCUAGUGGCGGUACAAGCCUAGGUAAUAGCGGUAGCGGUCUCGGCAGUUCGGGUAUGGCAACUAAAACUGGAUCGAUCACACACGGUACGCCAGUAAAUAUCAGUCAAUCACCACAGCAGCAAUCACAAAUCAUCCAAGGGCAGUUACCCGGUACUACUACUCUAAGUCCGCGAUAUGAAAAUCAUUUUUUGCGUCAAACUCCCCCAUCGUCAGCCGGUGGAAAUGGCGGCCGUCCAGGUACUUCCUCUUCUCCGGUCAUUGCGAGCGAAAAGUUCGUUGGUUCAAUUACUCAAGGAACGCCCGUUCAUGGCGGAGGCGGCGGUUUGCUUCCCGAUAAACGCGGCUCUCAAGGGGCCACCGCCGCCGCCUACGACUACAAAUUGACCAACCGUCAGAGCCCGGCCCAAACAAUGCCUCCUCUUAGUGGUGGAACACAUAUAGCGGCACAAUUUGGUCCUUACGUCGGACGUACUAGCGGCAGUGGUGCGGGUGGGAACAGUGGUGAACCUAGCGGUGGCUCUACCAGUGUGGCAGCAUAUUCUUCUUUGGAUCCAACAUCACAGCAGCUGAGUUCCCGACAGAUCAUACUGAACGAUUACAUUACAUCGCAGCAAAUGCAAGGUCGCAGUGGAAGUGGCGGUGCUACAGCUACGAUUGGUCCCACAGGGAUGCCAUUGGUUGUUGCAGCGGGUGGCGCUGGUCGAUUGGAUAAAGAAUCAUCCCCAAUGCCGCGAAGUGCACCAGGAGGGGGGCAGUCUCUGUUACCUGGCUCAAUUUAUGGACUCGUCGGCAGCAGCGUUGGACCACAGGGUGUCUUAAGUAGGCAAGCAGCCAAUAUCGACUACCGUAGCCGCACUUCACCUGCAGCCGACCACGUGAACAGAAUAUCCCCGGUCUACAGUAACACGUCUAGUCCACAUCGAACACCACCACCACCACAGCGGCAAGGAGUCAUCCAGCGUCAUAAUACUAGCAAUAGUAGCGGCGGCAACAGUAACAGCAACAAUGGCGGAAAUAAUGGAGGUGGCAAUAUUAGUACUACCACAAUCAGUGGUAGCUCCUCCAAGCCUCCGAGCCCGGCGCCAAAUAGAUACCAUCUUCAACCACCACCUCCUCCUCCUGCGCAACACGGUUAUCUUCAGGAUGCGUUCACCUCAUUCGUAGACUUGGCAGUGCAGCAACAACCGAUGACGGUACCGCACAAGGAUGAAAAUAAGCGUUCGAUUACGGAUCAACAUUCACAGCUUACCGUGGGAUCUAUUGGUGCCCCUCCUCCGCCUCACCACCAUGAUAUAAGAUAUCAUCAUCCGAGCAUGCUACAACUACAUCAUCAUCAGCAGCAACAACAUCAACAACAACAGCAACAACAACAUGUGGCGGCUGUAACUGCCGCCGCAGUAGCUCAACAUCACCAGCAGCUGCGCCAUCAACAACAAAUUGAUUUACAACGACGACACCAACAGUCACCGCUCCAUCCAUCGCUUCAGCAGCUCACACCGAUGCAGCAGUUGGGGGGAUACCAGCGAGAACAUCAAUCACCACAUUUGGAUCAUCGUGACCGUCGCGAUGAAAUGCAUUUCCGUGAGCGCGCGGAGCUCGAGCGAACCAUCAUGGUCGAGCGUGCCGAACGUGAAAGAGAACGCGAGCGUGAACGAGAACGAGAACGUGAACGCGAACGCGAACGUGAAUGCGAACGAGUCAGAGAACGAGAACGCGAAAGAGAACGCGAGCGGGAUAAUCGUGAACGGCGCGAUCAUCUCGAACGUGAACGAGAGCGGGAGCGGGAGCGAGAGCGAGAGCGCGAUCGCGAUCGUGAUCGUGAUCGUGAUCGUGAUCGUGAUCGUGAUCGUGAUCGCGAUCGGGACCGGGAUCGUGAUCGGAUGGAAAGGCAUCAAGAAGCGGACGCGGAACGGCGACGGAAACAUCAUUACGAAGGUUACAUGCCUGAACGACGCGAAAGAGCAAUCGAUCUUGUACCUGGUCGAACCACCUCCGACGGCUCACUAACGGCAGCAAAUUUGAUAGAUGCGAUUAUAACUCACCAGAUAAGUCAAACGGCAGUAGAGCCUCCACCUUUGCCAACGAACCGCGACACUCAACGUUCAACUUACCACCCACCACGUGACCAUCGGGGACAGUAUGGUAUAAGUGAGAACAACGGCAACAAAUCACAGUCUCCAAACGUGAUCAAUGUAGAUGUUGAUUCCGAAUCUACUGUUGUACAGCACCACCAGACUCGACGAGCAGCAGACGGUGGUUUGGCUAGUGCUAACAAUGUCGGCAGUAUGAAGAACAUCACUCUUGGUGAGCUGACCGAGUCGAUCAUAGCGAAAGAUUACUCACCGAAUCCGAACCCAUACUUGGCACUGCGCCCACCGAUCGUACCUUACGGUGCUACUGCUGCGGCAACCGCUGCCCCCGAAGGAAUUCUCGUGGCAGAUCAUUGGAAGCAUCGCCGCUCUACAACAGUUACUCCAUCUAUAAAAGAGGAAAUCGUACAGCAGCAACAGUCGCAGCAACAGCAACAUCAACAGUCGCAGACUCAACAACAACAGUCGCAGUCGCAACAACAGUCGCAGCCUCAGGCACAGCCACAGACGCAUCCAAAUCCGCAGCAGCAACAGCAACCACAACAACAGCCGCAACAACAGUCACAGCAACAGCAACAACAGCAGCCGCCUCAGCCGCUGCCGCAGUCGCAAUCGCAAACGCAACAACAGCAACAGUCGCAGGCGCAGCCACAGCCGCAACAACAGCCACAGCAACAAUCACAGUCACCGCUGCAUCCGCAACAGCAGCAGGCUGGACGAAAUACGCCACAGGAACGUCACAUCAUACGACUCGCGCAGUCUCCUGGGCCUAGAAAUAAAUUACAUGAAUCAGUGUCGCCCGACGCACCUCCCUUCUUCCAUCCUGGCACUCCCAUGUCUCGUGUUGGUGGCAAUGCCAGUACUGGAGGCGGCGUACGUGAUAACUUUACUUUAGAUUUUUACGUUAAAAAUCGCAUUGUGGAAGCCAUGCGCACGCCAGACGACAAACGCACUCCUGAUCCAUCAAUAGUGGGUUUAGUGGAUAGCAAUCAGAGAUCAGAGCUGCAACAAUCACCCCGAAGCUUUCACAAUCAUUCACCUCAUCGUCAGUCGCCAGCGCAUCACCAUGUGAAGGACGUUGGCGUUGAUGGCAUCGGUACUCCGGUUUCAACUGCGGCCGAAGGUGCUAGCGAGGACACUGCUUCACGAAACUCAACUUCUUCAACUGCAGUUGCCACAACAGGAUGUUCGGUAACGUCGAUAGUUAGCUCGUUGGUACAUAACACCUACCAUCAACAACCGAUAACGACGUUCACUACGCCACCAACGUACGCCUACCCAUUUAGUGCGCUUACCGUAGCAGGUGGAGCGCCGACAAUGCCUGUGUCGCUGGUAGCCCCCGCGAGCGGCCAUGCCACAAUAUCUUCGUCAGUUCCCACUACGUCAACUGCGAUUGGUAAUACUGGUGGCAGUUCACACAACAUGGGUGGGACCUCUUCUGGUGGGGUAAAAUCAUCCAGCAAUAUUUUGCUAACGAGUGGCGGAGCUCUUACUAGCAAUUCGGGAAUAAAUAAUGGUGGUGGCAAAGAUAGUACGGGUGGUGUACUGAUGGAUGAUCGUAUAGUGUCUGUUGCAAUAGAACCGAAGCCGCUUCUAUCUGCCCAGUACGAGGCUCUUAGUGACGAGGAUUAGAUAUGCAGUAUUUUUGGUUUCGUGUUAUCGCGAUCGUUUCGUUUUGCCGGACUUUAUGAUAUCAUCUUUCAUAAAUCUAUAAUAAUUUGAUGAUUUUUGUACAAGAAAGUUAGGAUGAAGAAGGUUACGCGUAAUAUCUAGACUACCUGAUACAGUGCUUUGUAAAGGUUUCGAUCAAAAAAGGAUGAUGUUGUUCUGUUCCUGUCUUCAUCCUUCAUCAUGAUUUUUCUGUCCCUUCAUUUCAUAAUCGUUUUGCGUCUAUCUCUAUCAGUUGAAGUGUCUAGAAACCAGCAUUUCCUAACGAGAGUCCAGAUACGGCAAAGUACUAGUGAUGUUAUCACAGUUUUUGUGUCCUUCAAUUUAAUAUACCAAAUUAAUUUGCUGGACAUUUUGUAUUUAGACGAGCUGGAUUGCUUCGAGGAUUGACAUUGUAAUGAGUGGCAUACAAUAUAAUUCAUACAGUGACAAGGAAUCCCAUUCAGUCCAGAUAACAUAACAUAAAAAAUAAACUAACUUAUAAAAGAGAAAACACUAGGCUUGGGGUCGUCAUUUGAGAUGAGAGAUGUUCCGGUCAUGGUGCAAAGAUUCCGGUUGGCACUGUUGGGAUCGGCAGUGAGAAAUUCUUUUACUCACUUUCAAAUAUGUAACAUGAUCGACAUGAAAACGAAGUGAAUAUCGUCUCCGAUUAUCUAAGAAAAGUCAGCAAAAUGCUCUAUAAUCUGUUUGAAAUCUGCCUGCAUACUUUAAACAGAAACGAUUGAGAGAAAUCAUGAAGAUGGAUUGUGCAUUAAACUCUUCAUCAGCAAUGAUCGAAACGGUUGGAUUUUAACGAAGCCAAAUUGCAUUUUCAUUUCCUUCGCUGCAAAACCGUAUAAAAAAUCUUAUUAAAGUUUUUCGCUUUCCUAGAUGGUGGACAGAAUUUAUGGGAUGAAAAACAAGAUGCGAACAGCACUUGUUCCGUUGAUGCUCGUGAUAUUUUCCAUGUUUCUGUUUAUUCUUAAUCUUUUUUGAAUACUUUUUGCUGAGCUUUGAAGCAUAUUUCUUCUUCAUCGGUCCGUUUCACAUAAUGAAAACCAUUGGUACUCUUGUAGUAAAAUCUAGGAACAACCGGAAUAAUAAAAGAUUAUCGUGAUAAACGAAUGCUUAUUAAGCCAAAUCUAACGAAUGAACAGAAACACACAUAGUAGCUCAGAAAACAAAAUUUUGCACAUAAGAAGAAGUACAAUACAUUAUACAACUCGUAUGUAGCAGGCAAAAUAUGAGACAGGAAUCUGUAUAAUGGAGAAAUGUAAGAACAUAAGCAAGAACCAUACUUCCACAAAGCUGCGUACUUUAUAUAUUCAACUCGUUUUUUUCAAAAGCAGAUGCAAUCUUCUGCAAAAAGAGAUUCCGAUUGUUUUUUUUUAGAUAUUUGGUGCAAGUAAUACACAUAAUGGAACCUUAACUUUGUACAAUGCUAUAACAUAUUCUUUCCAUCGCUCACUUUUUACGGGUUUACCAGCAUCGGCUUAACACGAUCACAAUGUUAUCAAAUUUGUGUAGUGUAUCUAGUACUGUUGCUAAAACUGAUGCAAAUAGGAAUGUGUUCCGUACCAAUAAUCAUUUCCCCUCCUUCCUUUAAUUUCUUUGAUUCCUUUGAUAAACGAUGGAGAUUAGAUGAAGUUUGUAAUGAAAGACUUAGCAGGUUUUGGGGGCGAGAUCAUAUUUUUAUUACUUUCACCGCUAUGGUUGCGAAUCCUUUUUGCGUACCGUAUAUCUGUGUAUACAAUAUACAUAGAUUGGGCGACGUAAUAUAAUAAAACACACAGCGAAACAUAUAAUGGUGUACAGUAAGAACAACAGGGCUGUUAUUGUCGAGGAAAGGUAGUUUCGUUUAUUGUGCUCUAACAUAUGCAUUAAAUCAUCCUUUUUAUUUUUAUUUUUUUAGUUUUAAAUGUAUCGACUACUAUUAUUGAGUAUGAGUAUGAUAUGAUAACUAAAGGCUAAAGGCGGGAAAAAGCAAAAAAUAUUGCACAAUAGAAUGUUAGGUGCGAUAUAGAUACGAUGAAGAAAAAGAGAGAGAGUGAAUGUGCUUGAGUUGAACAACGUGAGACGAACGGACAAAGGGGAGGAUGAACCUUCAGAAAGGAAAAGAAACAUUGGAUGAUCUAAACUAAUGUUAGGAAAAGAAAUUGUAAUUCGAUGAUACAGUGGAAAAAGUUGUGGCUAAGCAAAAAGCUGAAAACAAAAACAAAUAAAACGAUAUGAUAUAUGAACAUAAGAUUGAGUAGAUAGUGAGAUAAUACAUAACUAAAAUUAAACAAAUAAUGAAAAUACAAAGAAAAUGAGAAAUUUAA